AUGCCGCAAAGACGCACCGUCAUAGGCCCUUCCAAGAAGGCCGCCAACAUGGGGCAGAUUAUCGAGUAUAUUCCAGAUCGUCUGUAUCUUGCAUCAUACAUUAACCCUCCUACGGCCGACACCCUCUUUCCCUAUCCCGACCCACCCGCAAAAUCACCCAGCAAGCGGUCGCAACGGGCAGCUGAAGGCCCCGCCCCUGUGCCGGUUGUCCCCAAAGCCCGGAAGCAGCCAUACUACUUUACGGUUGAUGACACCCUGCUGUACAACGCGUUCCACCACGACUUUGGUCCGCUGCACAUUGGCCAUCUGUACAGAUUCGCUCUCCAAUUCCACGAGAUCCUGGGGGCAAAGGAGAACAAUGACAGGCCAGUUGUGUUUUACAGCAUGGCAGAUCCGAGAAGUCGGGCCAAUGCUUCUUGUCUGCUGGCCUGCUACAUGGUCCUGAUCCAAUCUUGGCCGCCUCAUCUGGCCCUUGCGCCGAUUGCCCAGGUUGACCCGCCUCUGAUGCCCUUCCGCGACGCCGGAUAUAGCCAGGCAGACUAUGGCAUCACCGUCCAGGAUAUUGUCUACGGCGUGUGGAAGGCAAAGGAGGAGGGCUGCUGCGUUCUUGAGGACUUUGAUCUAGAGGAGUACGAGAAGUAUGAGAGGGUGGAGCACGGUGAUUUCAACUGGAUCACGCCCCAUUUCCUGGCAUUCGCCUCGCCGAUGCAUCUACCAGUUGAUCGCAUUACCGAAGCUUCAGAACAUUUUGCGACGCUGCCCAGGGACAUGGAAGCUCUCGAAGCCCAUCCCACCUUGCCACAGCCCUUCAGGAACGUGCUGCAGCACUUCACCGACAAGAACAUCGGUCUUGUUGUGAGACUCAACUCGCACCUGUACUCCCCAUCCUACUUUGAGGCCAUGGGGAUCCACCAUCUGGACAUGAUCUUCGAAGACGGCACCUGCCCUCCGCUUGCAACGGUGCGAAAAUUCGUCCGCAUUGCGCAUGAAAUGAUCAACGUCAGGAAGAAGGGCAUCGCGGUACACUGCAAGGCCGGCCUCGGUCGCACGGGGUGUCUCAUCGGCGCUUACCUGAUCUACCGGCACGGCUUCACGGCCAACGAGAUCAUCUCGUACAUGCGCUUCAUGCGGCCGGGCAUGGUCGUCGGGCCCCAGCAGCACUGGCUGCACCUCAACCAGGGCGUCUUCCGGGAGUGGUGGGUUGAGGAGCGGAUCGAGCGCAGGCUGCGGAAGGAGGCGGCCCUCGCGGCGGCUUCGGCCACCACCAACGGGCAGGGAGGACAUCAGCCCAGCACGCCCAUCCGGGCCAUGCAGAAGGCCAGCCUCGGCCGCAGCAGCAGCAAGGCGAACAGCACGUCGACGCCCCCCAACCACCGGAGCGCCAGAAACAGGACCCCGCUCGGCGAGAUGGACAGGGACCACGGCCGUGAUAACACCAUUGGCGUGCAGGACGACUUCCUCCCCGCCCCCACGCCGGGCCAACCGCGCAAGGCACACCGCGGCGUCGCCGCCGCCGACCGGCACCAUCCCUACAGCCGCAACGGAAGCGCGUCUGCCCACCAUCCCGCCAGGGAGGAGGGCAGCGGCGGCGGCGCGCAACUCGACGUGUCGGGGGCCGCCGGCACCACCACCGAGUCGGACGAGGAGCUGCACCUCCGCAUACGGGCGGCGCAGCGCAAGGCGUCGGCCAGCCCCGUGUCCCCGCAGCGGCGCGAGCACCACCACCUCCACGAGCGCUCCGUCAGCCACCAGCAGCACACGACGACGACCACGGUCUACCAGGUCGUCGACAACGACGCGUCCGCCGACAUUGAGAACAUUGGCACGGCCGUGUCCCGUACCAAGGUGGUGGUGGCCGAGCACCAGCACCAGCACCAGCGCGCUAGUUCCGCGUCGGGCGUGCUGGCCAAGGUGCGCGGCACCGGCAGCGUCAGGGGCAGCUCGGCCCGUCAGGCAGCGGCGGCGGCGGCGGCUGGCGGCGUCUCGAGGGAGACGGCCGGGGUGCGCAAGACGAGCGGGCGCGUCGGCAGCGUCGGCGCCGCUGGCGCGUCUGUCCGGAAGAUUAGCGGGUUCUAG